AUGGAAGGCCGAGAAACCCCAAUAGAGCAGCAUCAACAAAUAGAACGAGACGAGAUGAAGCCACAAACUAACGGUGACCACCGAACGCCUUCCGGUACCAACUCCUCCCCACAACAACCUCCAAAAAAACGGACUCGUUACACUGAGCCCCCAAUCUGGGCGCGGAGCGUGCUUGGGCGUACGAAGGGCAGUUACGGCUCAAUAAAGGUCAACCAAAAAGCGAACGGAAAUCGGCCUGUAGUGAAUAUUCCAGCUCCGGCCCCCCCUCCACCGGCUGCUCCUCCACCAGUUGCCCCGCCACCUGCUGCCGUUGAAAUCAAUGGGCAUGGUCAUAUACCCCCACCCGUAGCUCCGAUAGAUGAUCCCUCUAGAAUCCUUGGGCCAUGGGAGAAGAGUAUCACUGGGAAGAAACCUUUCGAGCACAUGACGAAGAUUGUAGCUGACUGGCUAUAUCUGAAUGUCGUCUCAAGGAACGAUAUUGGAGAAUUAGCCAGCCGAGGGGUGGAGAUAGAAAUUGAAGCAAAGCUAGGUCAGCUUAUCAACAAGGACACCAACGAAAGAUACUACUUGCCAGUUCUGUCGGAGUGCGUUCUUGCGGAAAAUGCACGGGUCGGGUUCAGAAGUUCCAUGACAGAGCUGCAACACCGGAGCCUGAAUGAUUUCUUGAAUCAAAAAGUUAAAGAGACGCACCCACAAAAUCCAGGUGCCCAAAGGCGAGUCCCAAUCGAUUAUCUCCAUCGACGAGAAACGGAUAAAUUCUUCGAGCUUCCACCUUCCCAUAUAAACUCGUUGCCUCCCGUCAUUCGAGAGCGGCUCAAUCCUCGCCAUGCUAUCAAGGUUCGAGUGACAUACGCACAAGAACCGAAAGAACAAAAGACGAUUCUGGCAAAGAUUAUCAAAGCCAGGAUUGCAGAUAUCGACAUUUAUAACCCCAAUUUGCCACUUGACUGCCGAAUCAGCAUCAACUUCGAAAUGCAAUACGAAGGUGAAGUCGAGGACUUGAAGGCCGCAAGUAUAGAGAAUCGAAUUCCAGAUCGGAAUAAAGAUCGGUUGAGCUAUAAACAGUCUCAUUAUCAAAUCGAUCUCACUCAGGUAACCCAAGUUACGUCAGUAAAUGGUGUCAACCGGACAGACAAAGAACACGAACUGGAAAUCGAAGUCUCGACCGCCGCAAUCAGAGAACAGGGACGACGGGCCGCGGCUGGCGAGCCGAACGAGUAUGUUUCACUGGUUGAAGGCUUGCUCGAUAAUGUGAGGGUUUUAUCAAGAGCUGUCCCUCCACCUUAA